GUGACAGAUCAAGACUGAACACAGAGAGGCACAGUCUAAACCAUCUGAACCCCCUAUCGCCAAGCGUACGCUAGAAGAAGUAUUGUGCAUGGACUAUUUACAGUUCAACCCGGAAACAUUUUUCCAGUGUGCGGGCUGGCAGUCGGAUUGCAUCGUCGGGUCAAGAUGUCGAAUGGAACGUAUUCCGAGGCGAAUAUUUCUGCCAUUUUGGAAAGGUUAAACGGUGAAUAUGCUGACAAAAUGGUGUGGCCCAUUACGUUCCUGUCGGUGGUGAUGUGCACAGGCGCCUGUGGGAACGUCGUGGUGGCCAGUGUGUAUUUCUGUGCUCGACGGAAGAGUGUAAUUAACCUACUGAUUGGAACACUUGCAGUCCUUGACCUGAUCAACAGUUUAUGCAGUAUCCCUGCAGAGAUUGUGCAUCUACGAUUUAAGUACACCCUCGGUAGAUAUGUCUACUGGUGUAAAGGUAGCCGAGUGCUAAUAGCCUUUACAAUCUUUGCCCCAUGUGGCAUAUUGAUCGUCAUCGCAAUAGACCGUUACAAACAGAUAUGCAAACCGUUCAAACACCAAACAAGCCCAGCGCUAGCAAGAACUGCUCUCGGCAUAUGCUGCCUAUUGGCCAUGUGUAUUGCAACGCCUGCUUGGUUCCUGAACGGGAAGAGAACAGUCCUUAUGAACGCGAUUCCAGGAUCCGAGUGUACCAUCUCCGACGAGCAUAAAGACGGACCAUUUCCGAUUGUUUACAAUUCCGUGUUGUUUUCUCUAUACUUAAGUGGAUGUACAGUGCUAAUUGUGCUGUACACACUAAUAUGGAAACGUCUCCAGGUUCAGCAGAAGUUCAGAAGAGCACUAGGAAGAAGUUUCCGGCGUAUGAGAUACUCUAGGGCAACACGGAGUCUCUCAGCGAAGCCGAUCGAUGUGAUAAUGGAUUCAUCAUCUUCACCGCCGCCGCAACCGACACCCAUGACGAACACAUCACCACCAGCGUCAACGUCUGGAUCCUCAUCGUCAAUUAGCUGUACAGAUUCUAUGAAUGAGGAGCCACUGGAACGCUCCAUUCUGCAAACAGUCCCCAAACCAAAGGUCCAGGCGAAGACGAAGGCUGGUUCAAGUGCUGUUACCAAGGCAACGCUGGUAAUGUUCCUUGUAACGGUCAUCUUCAUCCUCAGUUUCCUGCCGUAUCUGACAAUCGCCACGCUGAAAUACUUCAAUAGACGCACCUUGCAUCACGUUGACGAUGUAAGGUCUGUGGUCUACCAAUUCUUCUUGAAGUUUCAUCACGUGAACAGUGCAUGUAAUCCCAUUGUGUACAGCUUCUGUGGCCGGCAGUUCAGACAGGACUUGAGACAGUUUCGUACAGAUAUGACUCAUAAAGUGCAGUGUUGCAUAAAAAAACGUGAUCGGUAG